AAUCAAUCAAUCCAACUUCACACGAGUCUUCUCAAGCUACCUUCAUUUCUUAUAAAACUUUCACAAAGAAGUAUAGUUUUAUCAGUGACUGAUUAGUUUGGUUUGUAAAACAAGUGAUGAAAAUGGGAAGCCUCAAGUUCUUGGGAGCUGCUUUCUUGGUCUUGGUUGUUUUUGACGUAUGUUUAGCAGCUAGAUCACCAAAAGCUCUUGGUAGAGGCUCCGGUUCAGGUUCCGGAUACGGCUCAGGCUCCGGGGGAGGAAAUGGUGGUGGAGGAGGCGGUGGUGGUGGAGGUGGAGGAGGAGGAGGAGGAGGAGGAGAAGGAUCAGGUUCAGGGAGUGGAUACGGUUCAGGAUAUGGGUCCGGUAGUGGUUAUGGGUCUGGAGGAGGAACUGGUGGUGGUGGUGGUGGAGGCGGAGGCAGAGGCGGUGGUGGAGGAGGUGGUAACGCAGGUUCCGGAUAUGGGUCAGGUUAUGGAAGCGGCUCUGGAUAUGGAAGUGGUGGUGGUGGUAGAGGCGGGGGAGGUGGCGGUGGAGGAGGAGGGGGAGGCGGCGGUGGUGGUGGUGGUAGCCGUGGAAAUGGAUCAGGCUAUGGAAGCGGAUACGGUGAAGGAUAUGGAAGUGGAUACGGCGGAGGUGAUAAUUACGGUGACUCACCCUAA